UACUGCGCCACUGCCUCGCCACAAAACAAAACAUUUUCCUGAUAAUAAUUUAGACCCAUUUAUAAUAUUCGUAAAAAAGGCUCUUUGUGAAAGAAAUAAUACAGAUACCUUUUAAAUGUUUCGGAUGUUGGACCCUUGCACCAGGAUGAUCAUAUUUUGUGGCCUGUGGAUUGUAAACACUUUAGUUAAAACUUGCGAUUUUUAUUUUUCGCAUUCGGUAAAUAUAAUAUAUAGCCUACACCAAGCAGUGAAAAUUUAGGACUGUCGUACUAUAAAGUAUAAAAUAUAUAUAUGCACAAAUAAUGAUUUAAUAUGCAAGAUAAAUAACCUCUGGACGAAUACUUUUAGCAAAACACUUGAAUCACUAAAAUGAAUCCGAACUCCGCUCCGUGUUUUCGCCAUCUCCAUGAUUUCACUCCAUAAAUCCAGAGUUACAGUAUGUGAGAGGCUCUCCGUCAGGGGGUGUGUUGCCCUAAAAAAAAAAGUAAAGCAAUAUCCGACUGCGCUGCUUGACUAUUUGCAAAAAAAAUCUAUCGCGUGUUCGACAAAGCUGUUUUUUGUGCGGACUCAGUCAAAGCCGACUGUUUUAGCUGAGAGGACACAGUAUGGCAGCGGUAGGAUCCCGAGCAGGACUUGACACGAUGGGCAUUGACGGCCAGGAUGGACUGGUCUACAUGCAGUGUUGUGGGCAAGGAGAAGGGGUGCAGAAGAAGCUGAAUGCAGGAUCUGCCACCACAGACUGGUCUGUCGAUGCCAACACACAGCAAACAAACCUAAUGUCCUUCCCAAGGUCUUCCGGCAUGGACUUACCUUACAGAAGUCCUGAAUCAGUGGAGAUGGAUGAGAUCAUGGCUGCGAUGGUGCUCACCAGUCUGUCCUGCAGUCCAGUGGUCCAAAGCCCCCCGCAAAAAGACCUCCUACCAGGGGACAUGGAGUGUUGUGGAGGUGAUCUAUCUGACAGUGGCAGCAGUGGUUACUGGAGUUGGGACCAUGGAAAUGUAAGCCCAGCCCCGUCUCCAUCGGUCAAUGAGAUGGACAGGAGCCCCGGCCGACCCACAGACGAGGGCCUGCACAUGGAGCUGGACCAAGGUGCAUGUGAGGAGCCUGAGGCCCGGAGGUGCAAGAGCUUGAGCCGGGGAGCAUACAGGUGUUUGUGGCCGGGCUGUGGAAAAGUGCUGACAUCGCGUGUCGGCAUGAAGCGGCAUAUUCGCAUUCUUCACCUCGGUGGAGGCUCAGAGCAGUCCCACAGAGAGGAAGACUUCUACUACACAGAGGUCUCCUCUGAAGAUGAAGACACUGCACCUUCAUCUCCCGCGCCUUCCUUCUCCAGUGGAGCCUGGACAUCCUGCAGCUCCACACAAAGCCAGGAUACAACAGUCCUGUCCAGUCCUCUCAGCCAAUCCGCUCCCAGCAGUGUCUGGCAGAUUCACACUGAACACCUCUAUCAGGCCUGUUCACCCAUUCAGGUGACGGUCUCUCCGGGCAGCCCCACAUUUUGCAGCUGGACUCCGCCUGGAGACGUCCAGCAGAAACCUCAGAUUCCAGCCCCUCGCAGCCGGUCGGUGAGUGUGGGAGAGCAGUGGCUCCAGAGGAACAGCACCUCCACCAGAUCACACACCAUCAGUGCGUCUCCAUCCAGAGGACACUGCUCAUUCAGGAAGGGGCGCGGCGAGGCCAAAAAGUGCCGAAAAGUGUAUGGCGUGGAGCGCAGGGACCAAUGGUGCACCGCCUGCCGCUGGAAGAAAGCUUGUCAGCGGUUUCCAGACUAAACAAAAAGACUUGAGGAGAUGAGAAAGAAUCUCUACUUUCUUUCUGUCCUCCAAUUACUUCCUGCACUGUAGAGGACCCCUCUUUUCACUUUUCUACCUUUUUUUUGUGCGUGUUUUGGUUCUGUUUUUCCACAAAGUGAACGCUGGUACUAGCUGUCAAGACUGUGGAGUUGUAGGAUCCCGACCCUUCGAAGGUGAAUUCUGCCCUCUCGCACAAGUCUAAAGUGUAAUCCUGUAUCUGAACAAGGUGUUUUUAACCCUGCUCCUGCACUUAUUCAACCAUAGCCCAGAUAUUUAAGUGAUUGUUGAUUUUAUUUUUUGUAUACUGUGGACAAUGUAUUGCUUUAAGCAUUUUCAUGAUGUUUUUCUAUUGCCGUUUUUUUUGUGUAUUGUCACGUAUUGUCUUUUUUUUUCUAUGUAUUUACUUUGUUUCGCAAAGGUUUGACUAAGGUCGUUUGCCAUAGCGCUUCCUAAUCAAUCUAAACUGCCAGAUAUAAAGCUACAGUGGUGUCGAGUGAAAGAUGAAGUGAAUGUUGUCGUCGGCCACACGGGUGGUCACGGUGUGUUGUCUGAUGGAGAAAAAAAAGUGCAGCUAUAACCUUUUGAUUGAAUACCAAAGUGCUAUUGCAAAGAGUUUAAAGGGAGCUAGACUGAAUACUGUCCCGAGUUAUAGAUCGGGCUUGUUUCCUUUUCUAUGUUUCUUGUCAUCCUUCCAAAAAAAAAAAAAACUAACAAAAAAAAUGUGUUUAGGUCUUGUACAAUACUGGAUCAUUCCUUUGGGAACAUUUAAAAGGAUUUCAAACUGUAACAUCAGAUAAAAAACAAAGAGAUAUUAUGUACUGUAUAAUUAAAAAGACACAAGAUUGAAUAUGCAAAUUUCAAACGCUUGUCAUUUGUGCAUGACAAAUAACAGGAAUAAUCGUCAAAUUAUUUUAUUGGCCUGUUGUGUGCAUUUCAUGUACAAGUGGAAAGGAUUGAAACAAUAAAAAAAAAUCACUUUCCAAAAAAA